AGCGACGGGUUCUUCUUAUCCACCGCCUCUAGCUUCAUCCCCACCCUGAAGCCUAAAGACAGAUGGCCUUGUGCAAAAUUACCCUUCUGGAUGAGUGUGUAAAGGGACAUCGUUUCAGAUUAAAAAAAAAACCACGAAAUUGGUCCAGGAUAUGCACUUUAAAGCUGCAGUCAGCGACUCUGGAUGCCAAAUCUUCAAACUUUACAGUAGUUCUUCAGAACCUGUUCAUGUGUUUGGUGUGUUUCUACUCGCUUUACUACAUCGCUGUCAGUUUGUGCAUCGGCAUCCUGAAAGUAGACGAGGCGGACAGCUUAUUAGCGCCUUUCAACUACAAAAUACAGCCUUCGUGGAACAGCCCCAAAUAUUUAGUGAGUGUGAUUUCGACAGAGGUGACAUACGUCGUGGGAGGACUCAUAUUCGCCUGGAUCGUGGAGGAGUGGGUGUGGGACUACGCCAUCACCAUCACGCUCCUACAUGUCGGCCUGACGGUCGCUGUCAUGGCCGAUUUCCCUUCCACGCAGCACUGGUGGAUCGCUCUCGGUUCAGGUUUACUCAUGAUGAUCUUCGGUGGUCAGAUUCUGGCGUAUCAUCUUUUCCGGAAUAAUUUCGUGCAUCCUGAGGAUCUCCAGAACUUCUGACCCAUUUCUCUUCACACUCAAGAUCAUGUGCUGGAUUUAUUUAUUUUUUUCUUUUUCUGACUUUUAACACUGUAAAAACAUUUUGUG